AUGCUAGAAAAUGAAUUUGAAGAUAAAAACUCAAGUGAUACGUCUUUGGAAAUUGAUACAGAUAUAGACAAAAGUCAUCUCUUUAGUAAUCAGAAAAAUUCCAUAGAAGGCAAAAAACAUAAAAAAAACUUUCUUACUCAAAAAGAAUUAGAAGAUUUAAAAAAAAAUGAGAAUCUAUUUAAAUCAAAUUACUUCAAAUUGCAAAUAAACGAAUUGCUACAUGAAGUAACGCUAGAUUUUAGCAAUAUAAAAGACGUACAAAAUCAUAUAUCUGAAAUUACAAAUAUAAUAGAAAAUAUACCAGACAAAGAAGAAAAUGAUAUAAAUUUUAUUAUAAAAGAAAUGGAAGAGCUUAAUAUUUGUAUACCAUUUCCUGAACCAAAGCCUUCUAAAGAUUCAAAAUAUAAAUUUUCAUAUUAUAAACCGAUAAGCAUUAAUGUUAUAGGAAGUUUUUCCUUAAAAACAUCAGUCAAAGAGGAAGAACUUAAUAUCGAUUUAGCUGUUGAAAUGCCCGAGAAAAUAUUUCAAAAAAAAGACUACAUGAAUUAUCGUUACUUUUAUAAACGUUCUUACUAUUUAGCAUCUCUUGCAGCAGGCAUAAAAAAAUCUCAUCAGUUUAAAGGAAAACAGUCUUUUCAGAUUUUAAAUGGAGAUGGAUUAAAACCAAUAAUAGUAGUAUCAUAUAUAGAAGAUAAUAAAACUCUUGGUUAUAAAAAAAAAUGGAAUAUUUUUAUUAUACCAUCACUUUCUCAAAAUGUAUUUCAAUCACAUAAACUUUUUCAAAACAAAUCUUGCAUUACCUUUUCAAACUGUCCAACUCCUAAUUAUAACUUUUCUAUUUUGUCAGAUUCUACAAUUCAUCAACAUCAUAUGAUACAACAUUCUUAUUUGCAAUCCUGUCCAGCAUUUAAAGAUGCAUCUAUCCUAGGUAAAGUGUGGUUAAAAAGAAGAGGAUUCACUUCUCGGAAAAUAGGUUUUGGAAGUUUUGAAUGGAAUAUGAUUAUUAUAUAUACUUUACAACAAAGAGAAAACCAGCUUUUUCAAGAAUAUAGCUCUUAUCAUCUUUUCAAAAUGGUACUGAAUUUUUUAACAACACAAAAUCUAUUAGAAAGCCCUGUGUAUAUGAAUCCUCAAAAAUAUACCAUUGAUUUAUCAAAAAAAAAACCAUACUUUUUUACAUUUAAUGGUAUAAAUAUUUUAGAAAAAUUAUCAUAUUUCGAUUUUAAACUAAUACAACUAUAUGCAUCAAUUACAUUAAAAUCACUGAAUGAUUCUACUGAAGAUUACUUCAAAUCGGUCUUUCUUGAAAAAGUAGAUAUUAUUCCUCUUCAAUUUGAUUGUUAUUAUAGUAUUCCUAUUCCAAAAAAUUGGGCUGAAUUAUCAAAAGAUUAUUUAUACCAAGUUUCAUUAAAACAAAAAUCUUUUACACUAAAACUUAUAAACACUAUUAAAGAAGCACUUGGAGAUAGAGUAUUUCAAGUUGUCUCACUAAUAGAUUUAGAAAAUAUAAUAUGGGAUCUAAACUUAGAGCCUCCUUUGAAUCCUAUAUCAAAUGAGAUUUACAUAGGAAUUCUUAUCAACCAAGAAAAUUCUCAAAGAAUUGUAGAGCGUGGUCCAUCUCCAGAACAUGUUGAUGCAAUCAAAAAAUUUAAACAAUUUUGGGGAGAAAAAUCAGAACUUCGAAGAUUUAAAGAUGGAAAUAUUUUAGAAAGUGUAAUAUGGGAUGUUAAAAAUAGACUUUGGCUUAUCAAAGAUAUUAUAGAAUUUGCUAUCAACCAUCAUAUUGAAAACAAUUUAUCUAAAAAAUGUCAUUUUUUUGGCGCAGAAUAUGAUAAAUAUAUUGAUUCACCAAAAGCAAAUUGGCCUAUAGAAUUUUCACAAAUCAAAACAGCAUUUGAUUCACUAGUAAAACAAAUAAAAAGUAUUGAAAAUUUCCCACUUCAGAUAUCUUCUGUAAUGCCUUGCAGUGAAUUCUUAAGAUACACAACUUCUAAUUUUCCUUUCUUUUUGGAGACAAAUAGUUUCGAAAAAUGCUACAUGGAACCAUGUGAUAUUAUUAUUAAGUUCGAAAGUUCAGGGAAAUGGCCAGACGAUCUUAAAGCUAUCCAAAAAACUAAACUAGCUUUUUUAAUUAAAUUAUCAGAAGAAUUAUCUCAAAAAAACAACAUAACUUCAAGAAUUGGGUUAGAAAAUAUUGAUGCAGAAUGUUUAAAUUCAGGAUUUCUAGACAUUAAAUAUAAAAACUUUAUAUUUCGCUUAAGAAUUCAUCAUGAUAGAGAAAAAACUCUUUUGCAAAAAGAUUUAAAAAAUACAACAUCUUCUCCAUACCGACGUGAUAUAUUAAAAAAAGGAUUAAAACUAUAUGAUGAAACAUAUGUAUGGAAACCAACUCAUACUUUAAUUUUUCAGGAUCUAUGUCAUAAAUUUAAAGCAUUGUCACUUUCUAUUCGCUUGACAAAAAAAUGGUUUCAUUUUCAUUUAUUAUCAUUUCAUGUCCCAGAAAUAUUAAUAGAGCUUAUCGUUGCUGAAGUAUUUAUCAAUUCAGCGCCCUGGACUCCACCAGCUACUGCAAAUAUAGGAUUUCUUAGAUGUUUAUAUAUGCUUGCAUCAUGGGAUUGGAGAUCAAAUCCAUUAAUAAUCAAUCUUUCAGGAAACAUGUCUUCUGAAACUUAUAAACUAAUACAAAACGAGUUCUCAACUUUUAGAAAACAAGACCCUGGAAUUAAUUCCGGUGCUAUGUAUAUUGCAUGUGGUUAUGAAGAUAACUAUUAUACAUGGAUUUGGAAUAAACCUAGUCGUGCUAUUUCCGGAAGAAUUACUAUACUAGCAAAAAAAUCUUUAGAUAUUCUUAAACUAAUGAACAAAAAAAAAAUCUAUAAAGCUUUUUUACCUUCUUUAAAAGAUUUCGAUUUUAUUAUUUAUCUUAACAAAACCUCAGAAAUUACAACAUCAAAAAUAUUUGAACAAACCAUAUUUCCUGAACCAGAUAUAAUUGAUAUGUUUGUAGAACAACUUGAGAAUACUUAUAAUGAUUCUUUUAUUUUUUUUUAUAAUAAACUAGAAAAAUCAGUAAUUACAGGAGUUAUUAAUCCUCAUAUCAUUUCAGAAAAAUCUUGGAGAAUAAAUCUAGAAUUUUCAUCUAUGCCAAUACAAAGUAAAAAAACAAAAAAUCAAAAUAUGAUAUGUGCGAAUAUUCUAUCUAUGCUUGGAGAAAUAGAAAGACUUGGAGGCAAUCUUAUAAAAAAAAUCGAUAUAAAAAAUCUUGACUAUAUAAAUAAUAUUGAAUAA